UCUCAGGGUUGCAGCAGAACAUCCCCCCCACCCCUCUCGUCUGAUCCACCCAUCACCGUUUUUUCGCCGUUCUGUAGGAAAAUCUUACGCAUCAUCCAUCUCCACUCCAUUCUUCUCUCCCCUUCCUUUCCGCCCGUAUUCUUCUUUUUUUUUUAUUAUUUCAGCUGUAGUUUGUAGGGGAGGGGGGGUAUUUUUCGGCCAGUUGCAUGCAUUUAUCGUCUCCCAAAAUGGUUUGCGAGACUAAAAUAGUUGCGGACGAACACGAGGCUAUACCGGGGAGCAAAAAGGAGGCGAUGAUGUGGAGCUCCCCCGCCUCCAGCGCGGCUCCGAGCUCCGCCGAGGACGAGGAUGCGAGGAAAGAUGCGGUUUUCAUCCGCGAGUUCGAGCGCGCGGACCAGGAGGAGGUGCGGCGCAUCUUUUAUGAGGGUAUCAUGGAGCGGAUACCCAACACGGCGUUCAGGGGGAUCAGGCGGCAGCACAGGAUCCAGUUUUUAUAUGCUCUUCUGACAGUAAUGUGCUUUUACGUGACCAAAUCUGUCACGCUGACCUGCUGUGCACCCCUCAUUCUCAUGGGUGCACGCUACUACUACAGCAGGAAAGUUAUCCAGAGUUAUCUGGACUAUGCUCUGCACACGGACAUGGAUGACAUAGAGGCUUAUUACAUGAAACCUACAGGCUCGUGUUUCUGGGUGGCCGUGCUGGACGGGCGGGUGGUGGGCCUGGUGGCGGCGCAGGGCCACGAGGAGGACAACACCGUGGAGCUGCGCCGCAUGUCGGUGGACUCGCGCUACCGCGGCAAGGGCAUCGCCAAGUCGCUGGGCCGGCGUGUGCUGGAGUACGCCGUGCGCAACAACUACGCCGCCGUGGUGCUCGGCACGACGGCCGUCAAGCUGGCGGCCCACAAGCUGUACGAGUCGCUGGGCUUCCGCCGGACCGGCCAGAGCGACGACCACCGGCUACCCGGCAUGAGCCGCUCGGCGCUGGAGAGGCUGUUCUUCCAGAUCCGCCACAGCCGCUACCGCCUGCAGCUCCGCGAGGAGUGAGAGGUGACGGAGGGCGAUGGAGGGAGAGGGAGAGGGAGAUGGAGAUGGAGAUGGAGAGAGCAAUAACCCCUCUUCACCUGAGAGCCUCGACUGCAUCCUCUCCUCUGACAACUUUUAUUUAUUUUGUGUCAUUAGAAAAUUAUCUUUGCGUAACAAUUCUAUUUCAUCUUAAAGCCACUAACUUUUUUUUAAAUUACUUUUAUGCUUUUGUUGCUGUUGAUUUUGUAUUAUGCUUUUACAUUUUUAAACAUCAUUUUUUUCUCUUCCUCUAUUUUAUUUACCUUUUUUUUGUAUGUUAACCCCUCCUUUCGACUGUGGGAGAAAAAUAUUGGCUUUUUUUUUUCUUUUUUGAAGAGAUCUAUCCGGCAUCCCAGCUAAGCGCUGUCCCCAGCCCCUUUUGUCCUCAAGAUCAUGCGAACCAAACCAAAACUCCCAACCACUCCAACACCCCCCCCCAGUUUACCCUUCCCCCAACACUUCAGCCCCCCCACCCCCCCAUUCCCUCCAUUUUCCCACAGUGGCAUUCAGCUGACAGGUUUAGAGGCAAGUGAGGGCAACGGGACAUUUGCAUUUUGCUGCUUUGGGGGGGUGGGAGAGAACUGUUGACGGGUGGGGAGGGGCGGAUAUGGCUUCCUUGAGAAGAGAUGUACACACACACACACACGCACACACACACACACUAAUGGGUUAUGGUUUUGAGAUGCAAACUCAGACUACCUUAAGUCCUGCAGAGCUGCAUUUUGUGUGUGCUUUAUGUACAGAAUCUGAUCUCUCACACACACGCACACACGCACGCACGCGCACACACACACACACGCACACGCACACACACAAACACACACACAUCAUAUGGCUGAGAGCCUCAAAGACACCAUAUUGGAACACAGCGAGUGUAUUACUGACCCCCACCAUGAGAGGAGGAUGGCAGGAUGAUCACCGGAAUAUGAGCUCCGUCUGCAUCCUCACACACCUUCUUCACUCUCCUCACUGGUGAUUUGAUUAGAUCUCUUUUUUUUUUUCCUUUUUUCUUUGUCAGUUAUUGACUCGUUUUUCACACUGGAGCUGUGUGAUUGGUUGAGAUGGAAGGAGGGCGGAGCUUUGUCACUGUAGUGUCACACCGACAGGCCCUAAGAUAGGAUCUACAGUAGCUGCAUGUCAAGAGUUUUGUGUGCAUGUGUGUGUUAUUGUCGGGAGCACGUCCCUUUGUUUGUACGUACGUAUGUGUGAUAAGGCGGCGGUUGGACUUGACACCGAGCCGCGACAGCGAGUGAUUCAUCUUUUUCGCUAAGAGUCAAGUAAUACCUAAAUUAUCACAACUACUUUCUAACUAAUUGAAUGAUGGUCAACUUUAAUCUUUUGAACAUGUUCACAGUUUAACUGAUAAUUUGUAAUUUUAUAAUUUUAAAAGAAUUUUACCAAGUUUAAAUAUGCAAAUUUCACUGUCAAAACUACGACAAUGAAUAAGUAGCUGCAGUCUGCACUUCACAUGCGUAAAUCCCGGAGUUUGAGGAACAACUCGGGUUGGAAGUGACUACUAGCAAUACCGACAAUACAAGACUGAGCACAAACGGGACAUGUUACUUAUCCGAACACAUACAUUGGCUUUUCCCAAUAUUUAUAUUGUGUAUACAAGUGAAGACUCAUGUAGCAAAUGUCAAGAUUUCUUUUUUUGGCAUAAUAGGUCUCUUUGUCUCCACGCUCCUAUCAAUCAACCAGCAGUAGAUUCAGCUUAAGUUGUGUCACUGAACUGUUUAUAAAAAGGAAAAUAUAACAAAAAAAAACACAUAAGAUGAAAAAUAGGAAAAAAAAGACAAAUGUAUUUGUUACAAAGUUAUCACUGACCGUCCAUGCCAUGCUUUCCUUUCCCGUUUAAACUCUCCCUGCCAUUUAUGAACCUGUCUGCAACCCUGGGCGACUCCAUGCACCCUCCAUCUGAACCCCGGACCCCCUCUACCGAUCCCAUCCAUUUCCUUUCCGUCUUUGCAUGUGCCCCAGAGCUUUGCUGCACUGCUUUAAUAACUUCAUUUGAAGCUUGCUGGACCAGUCCUAGACCCUGUACCUACUGUGAUGUCAUCUAGGCAGCAUGACACCUCCUCUGCAGUGAUGGGAUGGACUGGUGCAGAGUUGCACAUGAUGUAUGGUUGUGUGUGCAUGGCUGCGAUGCAGGAGACCUGCAGUUUGAGAUAGAAACUCUGUGUGUAUGUGUGUGUGUGUAUGUGUGUGUAGGGGGGUGUGAUAAGAGUGGAUGCAGACAUGAAACACUCACUACCUGCAUCGCUGCCUGGAUGACAUGCCUGCCAGCCAACCAACUGUAGAAUGCAAAAAGCAAUGCAAGUGUGGCAUGCCUCUGUACCCAGUGUGUGUACGGUGCCUGCCCUGGAAACACAUACAAAAAAAUGACAUAAAUGUACUAUAUAUACUACAUACACGUAUAUAAAUAUAUAUAUAAAUAUAUAAAUAAGCCUCUUUUUAAGAACAUAGAAAUAUGUGUCUAAAAAAAAGAAAGAAAGAAAAAACUACCAUUUGCAUGAAAUGUGUCUUUGAAUGCAAUAUAACUUUUAAGGGGAGAAACUCAGACCACAUGACAUACAGUUGAAUUUUAUUAAUGGUUUAUGUUAUUUUAAAUGAUAUUAAUCCACUCUGAUCAAGGGAAGGGUGUAAAAUCAGUACCAGCCACAAGCAAGAGCUGAAAAUCUUUUCAAGACGGCCAGCUGCUCUUCAAGCUCGUCGCUGGCUGGAGGUCAAGAAAGUUCCUCCUUUUGGUCACAGUGGAAGUGAAGGAUCGAGACUCGAAGCAUCACCGCUUUUUUUUGUUACAUCUGCAUGUGGUAGUGCUUUCUAGGGCUUUAAGUCUUAGUGGUUAUUCGAUGAUGGUGCAAAAGCACAUUUUGCAAAAUCCUGUGACUUAUUAUGACAAUAAGUACUCCAGGUGACAGUUCUGAUUCCUGUUUAGUGUCCUCAAAUUCCCAAAAGUGCACAUUGCAUACAUAUUUUUAAGUUUCUUUAUUUCUUGCCACACAAUUAUUUACUUAGAAUUGGAUUUAUAAAAUUCCCACACCAGACAAGAGUUUACCUGAGUUUACCUUUAAAACACCACUGUAUGUCAGAUCCCGAGGUGCAACAGUUUCUUCCCCUUAACGCUCUUUGUUAAAGCCACAUGAAAUUAAUUAUAUCAAGAUGAGGCUUAUCAGAUUUACAUGUUUUUAGUCAUUUAAAUCAAGCCAAUCCACAAUUUACUUGUGAAAUUGUAAUUCUAACAUCAAUUCUAAAGUGCUGAAAACGUCAAACAGGACUGUUUUCAGACGUUUUCUUUGGACCAAUGUGUGGAGGAUGCCUCACACCUUCUUGAUGCAUCUGCUUUGAACUUGGUUGCUACUGGAGAAUCAGAAGAGAAGCAGAUUUUAUUUUGUGACAUCUCUCGAACAACGGCUAUUACUGGUCUUCGUACUCUAGUUCUCGUUGAACCAGUAGUAGCGACAUGUUAGUGACAACCGAACUUAAGUGUGAACGAAAGCAGGGAAAGCUCAGUGGUGUGACAGUCCAGGAUAGUUUUUUCUUUUUCAUUAUCACCUCGGUUCUGAUAUCAGUUAUCCCUGCUAGCGUGUUCAGGCCCUUCACACCAGUCUCUCUAGGAUUAUCUUGAAAGUGAGAGCGAGAGGUGAACGUCAAUGGAUCUCGAGGAAGAAUGUGAAGUCUGUCGACUGUGAGCCAUUUCUGCUGCUGCCAAUCUCAGUUUUAGUCUGAUAAAAAAUUCAAAGCUCCUUGUAUUCUGGCAGAUUAUAAUCCAUAAUGGUACAUACUAUACGACAAAGGUCAAAUCUUUCAAAAAUGCCUUUGCCAAGGCCUUAUGCACUAAAAUCAAGCGCUGGACUUCAAAUAUCUUGUGGACUGAAUGGCUAAAGCUAGUUUAAGGAUGAUUUUGAAUCGUUAAGAUGAAGUGCACUGACUACAAUGCAUUUAUUUCCAGUCCGAGCAAUGUCUGUUUUAUAUUUUAUGUGAAUGCUGUGCCCUCUAAAGUCUCACUUCUGUUUAACAUUGGUUUUACCUACUAAAUGUUGGAAUGUAGUAAACCGUUAGGGAACAUCUAAAAGAGUGUAAUUAAGCACCGUUCCUCUCCAAUGUUCUGCUGAUGUACAAUCCCAAAAAAACAAUCUAAGGGUCCGUUCACACUUGCAACUCGAUAAAGCAGAAGAUAAUGCAUUUAAUUCAGUUUGACAGGAAAUAAUCCUGGUUUGUUCACCAUCAUUUGUAAUACUAAAGCUGUUAAGUGUUAAUUGGUUUAGCCUGUUUGGAAGCAGACUGAGACCCGCUUUUACCAAGGUUCAAGUGAACCGCACUACCAGGAGUUUACUUUAAUCGAGACCAAACAUGCCGAGUGUAAACGCACCCUGACACUUUUUCUGUUUGGAUUCCUCUUUCUUGUUUGAGAGAGAGUAUCCUUUCCUAAAGGAUUGGGUUGACGAGGGUAUGCUGCGUAAAUUCCUGUUAGGGAACUCUCCUUUAGUUUAGAGAACUUUGGUACAGAGAAAUGAUCAUCAACAGAGGCACAUGGUGAGGCGAUGGAAGCUAAAGCUUCUACUUAAGCUUUUUUUUUUAUAUUACCUGGCAACCUUAAGCUUUGGUCAUUAUUAAACCAAACUGUAAGUACUUAUCAUGGUCAAUUCUCCUUCGAUUCAACUAAACAAGAGGAGCCUAUCGUUCCAAACUGCACAAAUGUAAAGACCCUGUGGGUGUGCCGUGUUACUCUGAUGAUGUCCAUGCUCAAAAGUAUUGGGGGCAAACGCUCAUAGGCAUGAAUGUAAACUGCCAACAUCUUGUUUUAAAUCUUUUCUGGUUGCUUUUUACUUUGUGAACGAGGAAAAACAGUGGAAAGAGGGUAAAGAGUAGCCAUUGGUUCUUUUUAUUAAAUGACUAACCCCUCCAUUAGAUGUUAAACAUUUUGUGCAAUUGUAAAUAGCUGUAUCUCAACUGAUGUUUUAUAUACUGCAACCUGUCAACUCUGCUGGUGUGAUUGGAUCCUGAUGGAAGCUCAUUUAUGUCUCAGAAAAUGGUGGUGGACUGGAAUGUUCCACAUGACGAGGAGGGCGAGGGAGGAAUGUGCCACAUUGGCAGUUAACAGAGGGGGUGUGUGGGGUGGAGGAGGUCUGCAGCAAAACAGAGCUCCACAGCAUGGACUCCCUCUCUCUCUCUUCCUCCGGUGUGGACUUUGCUCCCUUGUGGCAAAUACAGAAGGACUCACUCUGGACUUUGGCCACAGGUGCCAAGACUGCAUAAGCACUUGUAGCACAACUGUGUCUUGUUUUGCUAUUUCUGUACAGUACUGGUACUUUUCAUUUUCUUUUGCUUUCUCCGUUCUUUCUUUUAUCUCUUUUUUUUAAACUUUUCCUAUGACGAUUAUUGAUGAAGUUUCUCUUUCUCCUGUAUUAUCAACUGUACGUACCAUAAGCGUAUUUUGCAGGAAAUGACAUCAUAAUGUAUGAUUCGUACUACAACCCAUGGCUAUUUUUGUUAGGUGGAAAUUUGCUAGAGGGGGUGGUACCUGCUGCAUUUUUAUUCCAGACACUGCUAUAUUUUGGUGAACACAGUCUUAUAACAACUUAUAAUUUGGAAACAAAAUCCUGUGCAUGUGCCAUUGAAUCAAGCAAUAAGUAUAAACAGACAAAACAACAAAAUAAUUAUACAUUAUCUACAUUGAUUUUAAUUCAAACAAAACGUAAAAUGCUGCACUGAUAUUAUGUCCCUCAUACUGUAUCAAAUAUUGGCAUUGUAACAUUACAACUUAUAUCAAAGCCUGAUGGGGGAGUUUGUAAAAAUGUUUCUUUUGUUUGUUUGUUUUGUUUUUUUGUAUUUUUCUUUAAAAGAUGUGUCAAAGAUAUUUGAAAUAAGAAGACCUGUUAAUGGAUGUGAAAAGAGGAGCAGUUCAAGCUGACAGGGGGGAAAAAUGGUGCCAUCACUCUGAAAAUGCUUUUCUGCUAUUAAUCCCGUAACUGAGCGUUUGAACAACCAGGUUGACUUCAACGAACAAGCAAUGCAACUUUAACUCCGCAACUCUGUCAGUGUGACGCAAAUGACAUUCAAAGUACUUCUUUGACUCUUCGAGUUCAUCACUGUAAAGCUGUAAAGUAUAUUUUACUGUAAAUAGCGCAUUGGGGUUAUUUUUACUCCUUUUGUAACUACAACUGUGGAUUUAAAAUAUAUUUUAAAAAAAGAUUUAAAGAGAUUCUACUGUAGUGCAGGUGUCUUAAUCUGCACUCGAUCACCACGACCCCACACUGAGCGAUAGCAAACACUUUCAGAGGAAACAGUGUGCACCAUCUUAGACCUGGUGUCUUUGUCCAGCAGCACUGGUUCAGACACAGCCUUUCUCGUCCCCCCCCCCCUCCUGUCUGCUUGAGCUCUCAAGAUUAAGAGUUAAAGCACUGCGCCGGCAGCAGCUCUGUUAGCUAAUAGCUCACACCAGCCCUGGCCAUGGAUGCCAGCAGCUCUGGACUGAGCUGUGUAGCUACAGCGAGCAGCUGCAGAGCAAAGGCACUCGCUGCCACGGAGCCUUGUCAUGGUGGUCGUUCGUUGCCAGGAAACCAAGCUAUACAAAGCACAGUAGGAGGCUGAUAGACAGGCACACUGUGGGAGGCAGACUGGUCCAACCAGUUGGCCAUGAUAAAGGAAUCAAAGAGGAAACUAAUGGAUAGAUGGAAGGACUUGAGGGGCAAGGGUAUGUGAAAUUGCCAAAGACAGUUUUAUUGGACCUCUAACAGGAGGGAAGCAUUGGCUACGGCGAGGAAUUGGAGAGCAGGGACCCUUAGCAUUUAAAGUGGAGCAGUGAAUAAAUAGCACAACAAGCCCAUUAACUCAUUGAGGCUACAUGAAGGGAUGCAAACGUGAGUAAAGCAGGGUCAAAACCGUAGUGCAGAGGGAUACAGUAAUGGGGGAGCCGUGGUGUGGUGACAACAAGAAUCCCCUCAGACAUAAAAGAGAUGACAAUAAAUCAAAAGGCACAUCUGGUUCAUCCAGUCUGCCCAAACCUCAGUGAGACUGCAGUGGCCAUUUUUUCUUUUUCUUGGUGUCCACUGGUUUUCAGUUCCCUUUAGUCCAUUCCUUUGAAAGACUGCUGUAUUAUCACACCAGGAUUACUGCUAUUAUUGUGACUUUUAACUUUCUUUUAUACUGACUACAACUGGAAAACUGUACAGAUGUAAAGAUGGGGUUUCUUGCAUUAUGAUGAUGACUGAAACAUGGAUGUAAAUAUAUUGUAUCAAUUAAAAAAAAAAGGCUGCAUUAAGCUUUUUCAU